AUGGCUUUCCGGUGUCAGAAAGAUAGUUACGCCCGGGAGUUCACCACCACCGUGGUCUCCUGCAGCCCUGCAGAGUUGCAGAUCGAAGGACAUAACGGCAAGAAGGAAGUGGUGAGCGGUUUUCAAGUGGUGCUGGAAGACACGCUGCUUUUCCCCGAGGGCGGGGGACAGCCUGACGACCGAGGUACAAUCAAUGACAUCACUGUGCUCAGAGUCACCCGCCGAGGGUCCCAGGCUGAUCAUUUCACACAGACCCCCUUGGUGCCUGGGAGCCAGGUCCAGGUCCAGGUGGACUGGGAGCGGAGGUUUGACCACAUGCAGCAGCAUUCAGGGCAGCAUCUCAUCACAGCAGUUGCUGACCAUCUGUUUGGGUGGAAGACAACAUCAUGGGAGUUAGGACGACUGCGGAGUGUGAUUGAGUUGGACAGCCCCUCCGUGACUGCAGACCAAGUAGCUGCCAUUGAGCAGAGCGUCAAUGAAAAAAUCAGAGAUCGGUUGCCCGUGAAUGUGCGAGAACUGAGCCUAGAUGAUCCUGAAGUGGAGCAGGUACGGGGCCGGAGUCUGCCAGAUGAUCAUGCUGGACCCAUUAGAGUGGUUACUAUCAAGGGCGUUGAUUCCAACAUGUGCUGUGGGACCCACGUGAGCAAUCUCAGUGACCUUCAGGUGAUUAAGAUUCUGGGUGUUGAGAAGGGGAAAAAAAACAAAACCAACCUGAUAUUUCUGGCUGGGAACCGAGUGCUGAAGUGGAUGGAGAGAAGUCAUGGGACUGAGAAAGCCCUGACCACUCUGCUUAAGUGUGGAGCAGAAGAUCAUGUGGAAGCUGUGAAGAAGCUACAAAAUGUGGCCAAGCUCCUGCAGAAGAACAACCUGAAUCUGCUCAGAGACUUGGCUGUGCACACUGCCCAUAGCCUCAGGAACAGCCCAGACUGGGGAGGUGUGGUCGUAUUACACAGGAAGGAGGGCGAUUCUGAGUUCAUGAAUAUCAUUGCCAAUGAGAUUGGGUCACAGAAAACCCUCCUAUUCUUAACUGUGGGUGAUGAGAAAGGUGCUGGGCUCUUCUUGCUGGCAGGACCAGCCGAGGCCGUGGAGAACCUGGGGCCCAGGGUGGCUGAGGUUCUGGAAGGCAAAGGAGCGGGGAAGAAGGGCCGCUUUCAGGGCAAGGCCACCAAGAUGAGCCAGCGGGCAGAGGUACAGGCACUUCUCCAGGACUAUGUCAGCACACACAGUGCUGAGGAGUGA